AAUUUCAACCUACAGAGUAGUGCCGCCGUUCGCGCGACACGGUUGUGCGUCGCCGCCGUGGUGAGCGUGUAAUUUAAGUUGAGUGAGAGAAAAGAGAGAGAAAGGAGAGCGAGAGAGGGGAGGGGCGGAUGGAGAAGUAACACUAAGGUGCUUGCGAUCAUUUCGUUCAGUGUUGUCGUCAGUAACAGUGGAUAUGCGGUGAUGUUAGGUGAUUGCCUUUAAGACACCCACGCAAGUAGACUACAGAAGAUAGAUUUUUUCCGUGGCAAGUGGACAGCAAUUGUGACAAAUAAAGUGACUAUCAAAAUUAUUCUUUCGAAAUCGCAUGAUUUUCUCAUCUACCGAAAGAGACUAUUUCGCGUCGGCGAUGCGCCGGUCAACAUGUGAAUUGUGAACUGUACGCGCGUCUGUUUUUGUUUUCUUUCGUUCGUCCCGGCGUUAUCAGUGUGAGGCAUCUUGUUAAAAGCCGCGUUUCUUCCUACCCGAGCUUCCUCGCAAUUGGAGUAAGUGAUUACCAUCUUACCAGUUAUCGCCGUUGUCGACACGUCGUCGCAUCGAGAUCGACGAUGCCGUACGUGGUGAUCGCGCAACAUCGAGCGACGCCGAAUUGGAUGUUCGUGUCCGGAGUCAGUGCGGUCAUAUGAUAAAUGUAGAACACGCUGUAUCCCCGUUUUUCUUUUUGUUUUUACCUUCCUUUUCUCUCUUUUUAUUUGAUUCCCUCCUUCCCCCCUUUCCCCCCAUUCAAUUUUGGCCAUCAUAACCAUUUGUCUUGCCGAAAUUAGUGAAUCUUUGCACGUGACUACUAGUGAUGUGUUAUUUCGCGCUGUCGAACGGUGCAUUUAUUCAUGUGCUAUCUCGCGUAGCUUGAUACGUCACGUGUCGUUCUGCUGCGUCACAAAACGCGAUCCGAGAGGUGAUGGAGUGAAGCAACGGACUGGAAAGAAAGAGAGAAAAAUUGUUUUUGCCAUAGAGCGUGCGCGCGCUUACGGGCGCAUGACGGGCAUGUGCAUGUUGCUCAAUUUAAUUCUGUUCGCGUUCGCGUUGAGUAGGAAUUACUGUACAGUCGCGUACAUAUUGAUAAAACGCGUGACUUAACAGUCGCGUGACAAAAGGGUGAAAGAAGAGAGAGAAAGAGAGCGAGAGGACAAUAUGAGUGAAAUGACGAGUGUCGAAACGCAGCAGCAGCAGCAGCAGCAACAACAACAACAACAAUACGUAGGUGGUAGCUCGAAUUCAGAGCAUCACUGCAAGGACUGCGGUGUCAAUUUCGAGAGUGAGAAGAGUCUGGAAGUGCACGUGCGCUAUCAUCAGGAAAACCUGCUAAAUCAGUGGGCUAAUAAAGCGCAGCAGCAGGAAGAGAGUAAUAAUAACCACAGCAAGACUGGCAAUCAUAAUAACCACGUCAACCGCGACGUAACUGUGCCGACGGACUCGAGUGAUCCAUCAUCAAUGUCGCCUUCUCAAGAUCCAGCAUCCUCGCAGCAGCAGCAGCAGCAGCAGCAGCAGCAGCAACAGCAACAUCAACAUCAGCAGCAGCAGCAUCAGCAUCAGCAGCAGCAACAACAGCAGCAGCAGCAGCAGACGCCUCAACAGCAACAGCAGCAGCCUACUAUACAUGCAAUUGCAUGUCCGUCGUAUGAUCCGUUUCAAGCAUCAAUGUUUACCGAACCCAGCUAUUUUAUUCAAAACGAUCAAUCAUACAUGAUACCACAUCACUUCUCGCCUUCGCAAGAAGAAGCACAAAGUAAUGGCGGUAACGGUAACUACACUUCGCGCUAUCAUCCGUAUCCGCCUUAUUCUACGGAUCGUGUGGCAUCUAACUCCACUAGCCCGCAAAAUCCGCCGUUUCAGUGCGACAAAUGCGGCAUUGUUUACGAGGACGCGAAUCAACUAGGCGAGCAUAUGAGGACGAGCCAUUUAGAUUCGCCGAGUGCGUAUCCGUCCGCGCCUCAAUAUCAACAGUUGGGCAACAGUCCCCAGCAGCAAGGCCAGCAGUUGCAUCCAUCGCCGCCUCUUUCAAACCAGCCUCAACAACAAUCUGCCUACGAUUAUAAUGGCGGGCAGACAAGCAAGGUGGACGUGAAGCAAGAACCUGAAGAGCAGGCAGAGAUUCUCGAUCUGGAUUCUCACAAAGUGCAAACGCAUAGAUAUGAAGAAGAACUCAUGAGACUUCAACAGCAGCAGCAGCAACAACAUCAGCAACAGCAACAGGGUCUCCAGAUGCAGAUGCAUCAUCAGCAAGUAAUGCAACAGCAGCAGCAACAACAACAGCAGCAGCAACGAAUCGGGUCGCAUUCGGUGAGUUCUAUGCUAAGCUGGGCGCCAUCGGCCGCUCCACCCCAUGAUUAUCAUCCCGUGAUCCCGACAAUGGGCCCCAUAGACAAUGUCCCGCCGAUAACCGAUCAGAGUCAGUUCAUACGCGGCCAGCACAUGCCCGUGGAACACGGACAUCAAAGUUCCACGAUAAUCACGAGCACGCAACCGAUAUCGAGCCAUCAGAUGCCGGCAGGUUUUGUGCAGCAACCGCCGAAAGCGCCUGGCGCGAUGGCGAAUCAAUCUUGGAAAAGCAACGAGCCGCGUCGACCGAAGACCUACAAUUGCUCCGCGUGCAACAAGUGGUUUACCAGCUCUGGCCAUCUGAAAAGGCAUUAUAACACGACAUUGCACAAAAACGCUGUCAAGAACGGUAAAGAGCCUGAUCCGGCGUCGUUACCGAUUAGCGCUCAUCAUCAUCCCGCUAGAGAUAACAGCGCUGCUCAUCCGGGCAGCGGACGAAACGGCGGCGCACCCACGCGCUCCCCGGACUUAUCUUCAAGGAGUCCCCCAAACUUGAUGGCAGGUCCCUCGGGCGAGGCGACGGGGGACCUGCUUCACACGCCCACCAUGCCCUGCAACAACAAUUCCAGCAGCAGCAACAGCAGCAACGACUCCUCGGCAGCGGCACUGGUUCAGCAACAGCAGCAACUUGUCCACCUGCCCCACUCGGGAAUAAUGCCGCUCAAUUCGCCAAUUCCGUCGCCGUUGGCGGGGCAUCAUCAGCAACAAAUGGGUUCUGUGCCUCAGUUGGGCCUCCAGCAGCAGCAGCAGCAGCAGCAGCAGCAGCUUCACCUGCCAACGGUUUCACCGGGCCAAUCGGUGCAUUCCACGACUUCGCCCAUGCCUCCUCCGGUGGUAUCGCACAUGAACUGCCCAUCAUCGUCCCACCACACGUCGCACAUGACUUCGCCGCAAGGUACAGUCCAUCCGGUCCGGAUGAUUUCACCCACGGUGAUGGGGGGUACUACGAUGCCUCAUCAGCAGUACCCAAACGCCUUGCCCCCCCACGUUACAACUACUACCAACAUCCCGGCGGUCCUGCUGGAAUCUACCAAAGUGGUUAUCCCAAUACAGCUAACUACUAUUGGUAACGAACAGAGCGAGCAGCAGCAGCAGCAACAGUCGGAUAUGCUGCCCAGUUUCGGGACCAUCGAGCAAAAUCUUAUGCCGAGUUUUCAAGCAUUCAGCAUAUCUAGUAGAUUAGUAGUAGAACCGAGUCAAUUACAGCCUAUUAACGUGGGGGGGCUAAGUGCGGAGGAAACUAUUCCUCAAGAAUCAUACGAUUCUUCCGCAUCGAAGUAUGAUCUAUUUUCAUCAACACGUAAGAUGCCCGAUGAAACAAUGUUCCUUUUUGCGAGUGACAUCUGCGUGGAGGCGGAAUGUUUGUUAAGCCAACGGCUGGAGCAGACACAGCUCCAUGAUUUUGUUUGUGAGAGAAACAAUAAUAUCAAGUUAGAAGCGAAGGAAGAUGUGGACCCAAACAUGCUCGGCGCGCAACCUAAAAAAGGGCGCAAGAGCAAAGCCGGCACAAGCAAGCAACGUCAAGUUAUCACUACUAACGAAACUAAUUGCAUUUCGCAAGACGGCUUUCAUAAAUGCUAUGACUGUGACAAGACCUUCAACAAAGCCUGCUACCUUACGCAGCAUAAUAAAAGUUUUCAUUCGGGUGACAAACCGUUUAAGUGCGUUCAAUGCGGCAAACGUUUUCCAGAUGAAGUAGUGCACGGAAAGCACAUGCAAAUGCAUACAUUAGCAAGAAGGCAUCAAUGUGAUGUAUGUCCGAAAGUUUUUGCCCAUAAAACAGAUCUUAAACGACACUCCUGUGUCCACACUGGUAAAAGACCGUUUAAAUGUGAUUUAUGUGGCAAAGGUUUUAUCAGACAAGAUCAUAUGAAAAAGCAUCAGAAUACACAUACCAAGAAAGCACGGGCCCUAGCCACACGGCAGUGUGCACGGUUUGGUCAGCGGUACCAACGGUGCAACACUCCACGAUUUAACGUUCAACAUAACAUCAUCAAUGCUGGAGAAGCAACUCAAUGCUUCGAAAAUAACCCACAGCCCGACUAUAGCGAAAACGAAAAAAAAUCUCAGUGAAGGCUUUAGCGCGAUCUCGAUGACAGAAAGCUCACACAAAUCGUUCCACGUAUUGAUGGCACUAAUUAAUCGAUGCAUGAUUAAUUAAUGGUAAAACGAGCCAAUCACCGAGACUGCGAUCCAUCUUCACGGAGCAAAUUUCGAGAACGCAUACAAAUAUGCAAUUGUGGUAAAUGUCCACCUCGCUCUAACGAAAUAACAUGUUCAUAAUCGUUUUUUUGCCACUUGUUUAUUGAAGUGAUUAGUUUCAGAUCUGCUCAUUUGAUAUUUUACGUUAAUUAUUUAAGCUUGUAUUUUGUGCCCGUUGUUGUUAAAAAGAAUUAUCUCCAACAUGGACUGUGUACGAGCAUUCAAUCAAGUUUGUUUAUUUGUACUUUUAUCUCAGAAAUGAAUAAGAAAUAUGCUUAUUUGGUCAUUGUUCCGUUAAGAAAUAAGUUUAUAAUAUAGAUAUAUAUAUUUUGCAUUACAUACAAGGUGGGUGUUCAUUCGAAACAGUUUGCAUUUUUGAGGCACUUGAUCGAUUUUUUAAUAGAAAACAAAAAUUAAAGAAUUGUUAGUUUAUUGCUUAUAAUAUGUGAUCUUUGUUGCUCUUGUGAAACAAAUAAAAUUUUAUAUUUUAUUUAUAAUUUUCAUGGUGCAUGCAUAAGU